AGAAUUGUACACACCUCGUUGGUGCAGAUCUUCUCAGCAUGGCCACGAGGAUGGUUUCCACCGAGUCAUGGCAACUGAAAAACGAAACUUGCAGAAGUUCAGUCGACCUGGAUCUCUUUCUACACUAUUCACUUCUCCCAUCAGUUGCCAUCAUUAUGGUGCUGUCCUGCCUUGAAAAAAGAGCCAGGGGACAUCAAGUAGAUGAAAGAUUCCCCCUUCUCAACAGGAGGUGUGGAACUGUGAUACCGUUGGAUUUUGUGGGUGCCUUUGACAAUCGAUGGUCACUGGGAUUUGCCUUCGGAGCGACGGCCAACAAAGUCAUGAUUAUGUUUUCAGAAGGGGACUUCCUUCUUUAUGUGCCACAAUGGGCUCAAGCCUUUGUACUUCUAAUUGGUGCCUUUGAAGUGGGUCUCUCCUCCUACCCAUUCUUUGCUUGCCUUUCAACAUGCUUCCAGAUCACAGGAGCCACACUUGGAUUCCUUUACACAGGAUUUUGGUUGGUGAUCAUGGUUAUGCACAUUGUACAGUGCCCACAUGGACAAAUAAUAGGGCACUACGAAAAGAUAAUGUUUUACUGGCCCUCUUUGCUCUGUCUGGUUUUCCUGCUAAGCAGAUUUGUCCAUAUAUUUGUGAAAACAUUAUGGAUCAGAUUCAGGCUGCACCUUCUAAAUGAGGAAACAUCUUUCCUGGAGGUACAUCAAGCACAAUAUGUCCAGCAACUGUUAAGGAAGCCUCCACUGCAGCAGUCUCAGAAAUCCUGGAUCCAGCGGAAGGUGUAUGAUUGGGACCCUUACUUUAGAUUCCCCACCAGAAUGAUCAGCAUGGCCGUGCUUGCCACUAUUUGUUUGUAUAUCUUUGUUGUGAUUGAAUAUUAUGUUUACAGCCUUGUUUUGCGUACACUGAAAACUCUGGAGGAGAAUUUUGAGAUGCUUAUUGCUUCCAACAGCACAUCAAAAGUAGUUGUAUCUGGUGUCCAGCACGGGAAAGAGCUUAUUGGCAUCACAGAAGGUGUUUGGGUUGUGACCACCUUCACUUCCUGUCUCAUAUGUGUAAGCUACGUGUUCCACAUCUUAGCCUGCUACAGAAAACACAUGAAGCGGCUGUGGGCAGGAGAGAAGCAAUUCCUUCCACUGGGAUUUAGCAAACUUUCAUCUUCUCAAAGUGUGGCAGCAAUAGCAAGAUACUCUGGCUGGCAAAUUGCAUACAUUCUGUGGGGGCAACUGGUCAUCCACACAGUGCAGUGCCUCUUUGGAGUGAUGUUCAUGUACAGCUUUGUUUUGCCGAUAAAGAAGGGCCAGGGGAUAGAAAUGGUUAAAACCUUGGGGACUGGGAUCCUCACACUUGCUGUCGUCAUAGGCCUCAUGCUGCUGCAGGUGGUGACAGCUGCCAGCUUCUUUCUUCAGCCAAAGAUUUCACAGGAUGACAAGGAGAAGCCUUUGGCUCUUGACAACAGGAAAGUGUUCCACAAUUUCAACUAUUUCUUAUUCUUCUACAAUGUGCUGUUGGGCUUGGGUGCCUGUCUCUUCCGGCUAUUGUGUAGUGUCAUCGUUGGAGCCUGGCUGAUUGCUCGGAUAGACAGAACCAUAAUGCCGAAAGGCUACGAAGCAGCUGACAUGGGAUUCAGGACAUGGAUUGGGAUGCUCUUCAUGGACCACUAUCACACAAAUCCCACCCUUGUCUGCUUUUGCCAUAUCCUUGUGGUCAGAAAUAGAGAGCGACAACAACAACAACAACAACAACAACAGAGAACUACAAAUUACUAUCACUUCAGUAAUGUAGCAGAUUUUAGGGUCUUAAACAAAGCCAGGACAAGAUGGCUGCUGCUGUAUACACUUCUAAAUAACCCCAGCCUCUCAGCACUUAGAAAACCCCAAUGACGCAUGGAAGAGCCACAAAAUUGUUUUGCCUGACUAGUUCGACAGUCACUAUGGAACCAAAAUCAAGCUACCUUAUACUGUGUCACACUGUUGGUCCAUCCAGCCAAGACUUGUCUACUCUUCAAAGUUUCAAGCAGAGGUUUUCCCAGUAGCCUACCUGAUAGAUAUUUUUAACUGGCGUUACCUGGGACCUAGGAACACAGGAAGCUGCCUUAUACAGGGUCAGACCACUGGCUCAUCUAAUUCAGUAUUAGAUGAGCUAUGGUGGCUUUCAAGGGUUUCAGACAGGGAUCAUCCCCAGCCUUACCUGGAGAUGCCAGGCACAGAACCUCAGGUCUUCUGCACACAAAACAGUUCCAACACAUUAGCCGUGGUCGCAACCUUGGAUCAUAACAUUUGUAUGCAAAGUUAAUGCUCAACAACUGAGUUAUAGCCUCCCCCUUACUAUGGGAUGUGAGCUGGUGGUUCUGAUGUAACUAGGGAUGUAUGACAAUAAAGAUGCCUGAGUAAUA